GCUUUAUUCAUAUGACACACGAUACUUCACAUGUGAAAUAUUCGUAUAGCGUUGAAAGGAACUACUUAGUGUUGUUGUGGGUCCGCUCUCUGCAUUCACGGGAAGAUCGCCAAGAUCGAAUCCACCAUAAUAGGAUAGGGACGAGAGGUAUUUUUAGAGUCAAAAGAAUAAGAUAGACAUGAAUUAGGGCUUGGGAAACUUUGUCUCAACUUUCCGUGGCUUCGCUAUUCUAGAUAUCCAGUUGAUCGGCUUCACAUCGUACGAGUCGGGUCCAGUUACGUCUUGAGUACAAUACCGAAUACGGAAAGUCGCAGUGCUUUUAAACAGCGCAUAGGCUUUUGAAACAUUUUGUUAUGUUAGACUUGGUUCAAACACAUAAUAUCCCAUGUCAUACAUAUAAGAGCAACUCGGCGGCUAUCUUAACCAAUAGCUUUUCAAAGUAGAUUGAAUGAGAUAUCUCCAAGCUAUAGCCUAUCAAACCCCUCGGCGAUUGAAGGAUCUAGUAAUGCUAAGUCAAGCCUGCCCAAGCGAGCAUUGAUAACUAUCGCGGUCAUACUCACCAAGCGGGUUCUCUUCUUGACCCCUUUACCAUCGCGGUAACGCAGUGUUAACGUUGGAGUAAAAUACCUCAUUUCUCAAACAGAGAUGCCGUUCAAAGUUCGAAAAGCAAACCAGUCGGACAUCCCAUCCCUUAUAGACGUCUAUUUCGACGCAUUCGGUGACCACCCGGUUACUCGACGUGUAUUCAACUCGAAUCCGGAGCAUGUGCGAAAGUUUUGGUUAGACGCUUUGGCUUCGGGCCAACAAAAGCCAGGCGAGCAUUUCAUGGUCUUAACUGACCCGGAUUCCGCUACUCCGGAAAGGAUCAUCGCAUUUUGUAUAUGGCGGGAGGUCUUUACUACGACAUCCCCUCUUCCGUCGCCGUCGCCACUACCACCUGUCAGCUGGCCGGAAGAUGCUGACCUAGGCUGCGUUGAGAAUUUCUUUGGGACCGUGGAGAGAAUGCACAAAAAUAUUAUGGGAGAUCGCCCACAUUGGUAUCUAGAUAUUCUAGGUGUACGAGAGGAGUGUCGAGGGAAAGGUGCCGGUACGCAGCUACUACGAUGGGGUUUGGUUAAAGCCGAUGAUGCAAAACUCGAAGCUUUUCUUGCUGCGAGCCCAGCUGGAGCUCCUCUUUACGCGAAGCAUGGGUUUAACUUGAUAGAGACGAUCCUUCUCGACGAUGGAAAGCGACCUGAGAGUUUCAUGAUGAGACCAGCAAAGAAGACGUAGCUCAAGCAGCAACUAGGUACCGACGUGAGAUUAGACAAACAGAGAUACAUGUGAUGUUGGAACUUUCUCCCAUAGUACACCAAUUUGCAUUCACAGCCUGCUCCAGUCCGAUUUAUUCCAGGGUCAUUAAUCAUUAUAUUACUAUUAAGAAAUCCAAUAGGUUGCAUGCAGUAAUAGCAUGCUAAAAGUACUAAGGAUGAAAGUAGUACUUGCCAGAAGCCUACAUCAUGGCCUUUUUAAUCAGGCGAGAAUCGAAAUCCUCCUAGGAUAACCUGAGUUACCAUCUCCAUGGUUUUAACCUCCCACCUGGUUCCUCACAACCCCGUAGAAAUGCUGGAACACCAUAUCCGGGAGUUGACAGAUCUUAUCCUCCCAUCUCGGAUCGACUAAUGGGCUCCCCUCCAUCUUCAGCUGGGUAUAGACCCUUUCGGCCAGACCGACCUCUUCCUCGUAUUCCAACCCGUCCGUGUACUUGACGAUCACCGGUAGAAUCGAGAGACGGCAUACCAAGUUUUCGUCAUCGUAUCCUCUCAUGUUUCCCUCGGGGUUGUCCUUGCUCACGAGCUGUUUGACGUCUUCCGGGAGCUGAAGUAGUACUUGACCUUCUCGAUGUGGUGCUGUACCGCAAUCAACACAUCUACCGGAUCGAGUUAAUCUUCUGGUUGGUUUCCCCAAGCCCAGAAGCUUCC